UGCUGGAUGACAGGACACGACUCUUGCACUUUUCUGGGCAGAUCAGUAGAGGGAAAACUGUUGGGAUUAUUCCAUGCAUCAGCAUAUGAGAUAAAAGGAGACUCCAGUUCACUGUGACCUGUGACUUGGAAUGUAGAGAAGUUUCUUUUUUAUCUACAUUGGCUUGACUUUCUGUAACACGUCUCUAGGAUUGUUCCAUAAGUAAAUUGGGAUUUUCAGAGAAAACCUUUAACCACCCCCACAUCUUUUUAUGCUGACUGCUCUUUUCAUGACCAUCAGGAAGAAGACAGAUGUGUGCUAACUUCUGUUUUCUCAUGCCUUUUUUCACAUUUCGUAGAGUUUCUGGACUGUUAUAUAAAGAAAACUACUGUUCUUAGUCAUCUGAUGUCCAUUUUACAGCCUUAGAUCUGACUUUUGCAGGAGAACCAGCUGCCAUAUCACACAACCAGUGCUUGUAAAGUUUCUAAGCAUUGCUACUUGGAUCGCUGUUAUAGCUGUAGACUUCGUAACAUUUUUUUGUGGUUUUGGUGCUUUAAGGAGGGUGCAGAAACUUGAGAAGACGAGGUUGGGCACAGAGUUUCUUCGCAUGCAACACCCCUUCUCCACCACCCGUGCAGAUUUCAGAUCAGACAGUCACUUCCUGAGCUACUGAUCUCUGGACUCUUUUAUUCUUUUCAGAAAAGAUCCGUGAUAACUAAUCUUAAAUGAAAAUUGAGUGCCUUGUCUGGUUUACUGCGAGUUAAAAUUUGUGAAAGAGACACUAAACUUCUAGUUUAGACCCAGUGGCUGGCACUUUUUAACUCUUCUUGUUGUAAUGCGUAUUCCAGUAGACCCGAGCACCAGCCGGCGCUUUACUCCUCCAUCGACUACCUUCUCCUGCGGUAAAAUGGGAGACAGCAAUGGAACCAUCAGCUCUUCUGGCACAGGACGGACGAGAAUGGAGAUAAGAACGGUAGUGGAUGUCCUCGCAGAUCACGCUGGAGAACUUGUCCGGACUGACAGCCCCAACUUCUUAUGCUCUGUCCUGCCUUCACAUUGGAGAUGCAACAAGACCCUUCCAGUAGCAUUUAAGGUUGUGGCACUGGGUGAUGUGCCUGACGGGACAGUAGUAACAGUGAUGGCUGGAAAUGAUGAGAACUAUUCAGCCGAGUUGAGAAACGCUUCUGCUGUCAUGAAGAAUCAAGUAGCUCGAUUCAAUGAUCUUCGCUUUGUUGGUAGAAGUGGAAGAGGCAAGAGUUUCACUCUCACAAUCACAGUUUUUUCAAGUCCUACGCAGGUGGCCACAUACCACAGAGCCAUUAAAGUGACUGUUGAUGGGCCACGAGAGCCAAGAAGGCACCGGCAAAAACAUGAAGAGCAGGCAAGCAAGCAUUUCUCAGAGCGCUACAGUGAUCUGGAGCUAAUACGGAGGCAGGGGAUAAGGGUUCAGCCCAAUCCUAAUCCAAGACCCUCACUGACUAACCCAAACCCAUUUAGCAACCAAGCUCAAACACAAAUACAAGCAACAGAUUUAAGUCCAUUCUCCGACCCUCGACAGUUUGACCGCUCCUUCUCCACUUUACCGUCUCUCACAGAAACCAGAUUUUCUGAUACUCGUGUGCAUUACCCUGGUGCCAUGUCCUCUGCCUUUUCUUAUACUGCAUCUCCCUCAACAACUGGAAUUGGAGGAAUCAGUGUGACCGGUAUGCCUACUACUACACGUUUCCAUCCCACUUACCUUCCACCUCCAUAUCCUGGGUCAUCUCAAAAUCAAAGUGGACCAUUCCAGACCAAUGCAUCUCCAUAUCAUUUAUACUAUGGCACAUCUUCUGGAUCAUAUCAGUUCUCUAUGGUUGCAGGUGAGCGUUCUCCUUCAAGAAUGCUAUCUUCCUGCACCAGUGUGACAGCAGGAAACAACUUGAUGAACCACAACUUGACCAACCAGAAUGAUGGAGUGGAUGCAGAUGGAAGUCAUAGCAAUUCUCCCACCAGUCUAACAAGCACUGGCAGAAUGGAUGAGUCUGUCUGGAGGCCAUAUUAAACAAGACUUUAAAGUACUUUAGCCAAUCCAUACCAACUGAUGCUAGAAUAUCCAGAAAAGACUGGCCAAUAUAUAGACAUAUUCGAAGAUGUACUUAUAAUCAUUUGGCAGUACUUAUUAUGGCAUAACGCACAGACAAAUAUAUCACAGGCGAGAAUACCUACUAGAUAUGUCUGAAAAUGACCGUGCGAACCUUGUUUUCACUAUUGAUGGCACAAAUCUUAUCACUGUUUGAGCAUUAUAAUUUCAAAAUGUAAAAGCCAUAUCACUUACGAUAAUAGAUAUUAAAAGAGGGUAGAGAAACAGGGCUCAAAUGAAAUCCAAGGAGAACAUCUUCAGGUUCCUAAUAUUUGUGUAUUGAGGGGUAUUCUGUUAAGGAUGGAGUAAUAUAUAGAAAAAAAUAUUAAACUAUAGCUUACUAUAGCAACAGAAAAUAUCACACAAGAAAAAGCAGAAUGGAGAAAAAUGUCAUAAUGCAAACAUUGUUAGAUGAGACUUCAAAUGCGUAAAAAUAUAUAUUGUAUUAAAAAUUUCGUAAUCUAAGACAUUUCUAUUUUCUUACUCAGUUAUAUUUAUUUCCCAAAAAGCCUUUGUUGUACACUUUAAAUAUUUCCUAAGCUACUUGAGUCCAUCUACUUAAACUAUUAGUAAGAAAUAGCUAAUAGGAAAACAUUUAUUGGAGUAAAGUCCUCUUUUUUAAGUAAUUUUUAAAAAAAUCCUUGAAAGCAAAUAAAAGGUAGAGGCAUACCAGCCCUUUAGUUACACGUAAUACUGUUACUGGUGUAUGUGAUGAUGCCAGAUACAGAGAUAGGGCUCUGACCACCAUCUAGGGAACCGGUUGCCACCAUCAACACACCUUGUGCCUGUAAGUGCUUGAUAAAAUGCUUGUGAAAUGCAAUUGAUCUUGUAAAGUCCUGAACAAAAGUAUUACAUUUCAAAGCAGUAUGGAACCAUAUUAGGUACAUUUUUUGAUAAUUUUUCUGAGUGUUCUUUUUAUAUUUUUCCUGUUAUUUUAUGUUGUCUUGUGCAAUAAUGCAUUCUGUCACAGGAGAUCAGUGCAGUAUCUUUUCUAAACCAAGCAAGAGGCCCACUAUUCCAACCUAUAGAUUGUUUCAUAUAUUUACCUUACAGUUUCCGAAUAUCAAGGACUGUACAUGUCUAGUCCAACAUAGGACUCUUGUAUGUCACAGUUUUCUGUUAAUACACUGUAGUUGUGGCCUUGACUCUGGGAAUGGGUAACGCCUAACAUGUAGUAAUAUGGUGGACAUAAUAUUAAUAUAUGGUUUGCUUUUUUCAAAAGGAAUAUAAAAAUAUUUUCUUAAAAAAUAAUAUUUGCUUUGCACUAUUUUUGCUUACUUUGAAUAUAGAUUAUUUGGAAAAGCCUACAGUAUUAGUUUUUUAUUUAUGCAAUUGUAUAUAGGUGUUACUUUUUAAAGAAUUAUUUUCAUAUUGUUUCAGAAAUUGCAUUAUGUAUUCGUAAACCGCUUUAUUUAUUUGGUGCUGUUAACCCACAAAGGCAAAAAGAUUCACUAACUAUUUCCAACUUUUUAAGGGGAUAAUUCCAACCUAAGGGUACGGCCACACAGUCAGCGUUUUGCAUGCAGUUUCGGAAGCCGAACCAAGAGUGAAUUAAAAAAAAAUUGAGAAUUGUAUCUGUCUAUAUUUCCUCUCUUUUUAUGAUCCUCUUCUAAUUUUGACUUCCAAAACUGCAUGCAGACACCUAUCCAUGUGGCUGUGCCCUAAUGAUGGAGCUUAUAUUACCUUUUAGGUCUCAUGUACAAGCCAGAGCCACCGGGCACUGCAUGGAGGCAUGUGGAGCUCCUGCAGCUUUGUACUGAGGAGCGCUUGUAGAAAGCAUGCAGGUGCCAUAUUAUGACUUUUUACAAAUCAGAGGUCGUACUGAGCCUUAAUACAUUUGUGUGCAGGAGAUACUGUAAAGGCCUCCUGCACACAACGGAAGUGAGAUAGAUAUUGAAAUGAAAUCCGAUAGAUAUUAGGGUCAUUUAUUAAGGGCAGUCAAAUAAAUGAUGUGUGCAUAAAUACAAUAGCUGCUUGACUGAUGGCUUUGCUUGUAUUUAUGAGUUAAUAAAUACCAUUAGUUAUUAAAUAUAAGUAUGGGGUGUCACAAGCAUUCUCAGUUUACUGCAUACAGCCAUCUUGAUGCCAUUUGAGGGAUAAUAAUAAGGAUCACAAAGUGUUACAAGGUGUCUUAAGCACUUUCCCUCUAAACUGUGUGCUCUGGAAAGGAAAGAGUUAAAAAAAAAUGUCCUUCCAUGGGCCAGGAGCCCAGUGCAGUUGUACAUGUAUGCAGGGUUAACUCUAUCAUCUCUAUCAUCAUAAAGAUCUAUGGCUAGCGCUACACAGCGACAUGUGUCGCGUGACAUACCUAGGUACCGAAUCUGACUUCAGAUCCCAGUAUUAAAAUUGCUUUCAAUUUCAAUAAUCGAAUGCCGAAGUUAUUCAACGAAGUCUCACGCGACUUUGGAGAUAACGAAUUUCACCUUGGCAGAGCCCAUAAAUUUGAACGCUGAAUGGAGACGGAUCUCUGAACAGCAUUCAAACUAAUUUUUGACUGAAGCGACUUCGGAUCUAUGAUUAGUCAUUAGCCAUUAGUAUUAAAAUCCCGGACAACCCCUUUCAAGCCAAAAUAAUCUUAGUCCUGUACAACUAUUUUCUUCUAUAUAGACUAUGAGUACAUAAACUACAUUACCUUCAGAGAACUAUGUUAUAUGUAACAGACCAUACUCUAAGCUGCCCUUAUUAAAUCUCUUUGCAUCUACAGCACAGAUAUGUGUAGCAAACUUUACUUGCGCAAAUAAAGUAAUAAUUGAAGUACAUAAAAAUGGCUAUAAAUGGGUUCACUCUUCAGAAAUAUGGUGCAGAAUAAGACUUUCGUUCACAUGGCAAAAUAUGUGUGCUGAAAGACAGUAGAAGCUAAUCUCUCUGAGAAAAAGUUGUAUUUGGUAGUGUUUACACCAAAUCUAUUUCAUACCAUUGCCAUUGAACUGAAUAGGGAACGCAGCAUUAAAAAUGCUUUGAAGAAGUAAAAUGGUUAAUGCCACUUCUGAAGCAUGUUUUAAAGUAGCUGUAUAAAAAUACUAUGUUUUUCCGUAGCAUUUUGAACCAGUAUUGCACCACGUAAAAUGUUUUACAAUGCUAAAAAAAGGCAUGUUCUUGCCGUGUGAACAUAGCCACAAGUCUAGACUGACAACCUUUCUCAUUGCUCAGAGGAAUGAAACUUGAUAGAUGGCUUUGGAUAAAGAAUGUAUUUUAUCUCGGUAUUUAUAAUUUCAAGUCAUAAUUUUCCAGGUAACAAUCAAUGCAUUUUAAUAUAUAUAUAUAUAUUCAUAGAAAUUAAAUUUAGCAUUGUAUUGAAUGACUUUAAACAGCGAUCAGGGAACUGUAAUUGUAUAUAGAUUGCUUAAGGUGUAUAUUUCUUUUACACAUGUUUUCAUUUGGAAAAAUGCAAUUUAAAUACUGUAAAUAUGGCUUAUUAAUUAUUACAUGCUGAAAAGAGAAAUGUACAAAUUUUAAUGGAUAAUAUGUUAAAUAAAUGUGAUG